CGUGGACACACAUACUCAUAAAUUGGAGAGAUAUCUUACAGUUGCAUGUGCAAGACAUAUCUCUUUGAAUAACUAUCACAUCACAUCUUUCUCAUCUAUUUUUCAGCAACACAUGGGAUUCACAGUCAAGCCUCACUCACUAUCACUUUUCACUCUUGCUACACAUGCAUAGGCACGCACGCACACACACGCACACACACAGACUGCGGGAGUAAUUUUGGUGAGGGGGAGCGCAGCACUGGAUGAAGCAGCUCGGAUGCUGUGUGCUGGCAGGCAACUCUUCUCUGGGCUGGCUGCAGUGCCUCCCACACUGCGCUCUGACCACGGGAGCCUGUUCCCACUAGGAGGAACCCAGCCAGUAUAAAAGCCAAGGGGGGGUCUGGCACUCUCCAGUCCACCGCUGGGAGACGAGCAACAACACACACUCAUUCACACUCACAUUAUUAUCAUUAUACAUACACACAUACACACACACAUACACAUACACACACAUCCCACCAAGGAUCCCGCUAAGAUCCACAGCCUGCCCAGAGACCAGCCUCGCAAACAGCCAUACAGACAGAUCCAUUGACCUCGGCGCUCAGACACACGGACGGACAGCCAAUCGCUCGUCACCAUGACCACCACUCUCCAACGGCACAUCUUCAACGACUCCUUCGGGAACAUCUCCAUCUACGACGAGGUGAUGCACGACGACGAGGACGGCGCGCACUGCCACCACCUGUCGGCUCCGGAGCACCAGAACAAACUGAUCCCGGCCAUCUACGCCCUCAUCUUCCUCCUGGGCACCGUCGGCAACGGCCUGGUGCUCCUGGUCCUCUGCCGCACCUCCGUCCGGCGCACGGUGGCCAACACCUACCUGUUCAACCUGGCGCUGUCCGACCUGCUCUUCCUGCUCAGCCUGCCGUUCUGGGCCGUCUCGUACUCGCUGGACUACCACUGGGCCUUCGGGAGCUUCAUGUGCAAGGCCUGCAGCACCGUGCUGGCCCUCAACCUGUACGCCAGCAUCUUCUUCAUCACCUGCAUGAGCGUGGACCGCUACCUGGCCAUCGUCCGGCCGCUGCGCUCGCAGGGCUGCCGGCGCCUGUGCCGGGCGCGGGUGGUGAGCGCCGUCGUCUGGCUGCUGGCGUGCGGCGCGGCCGCCCCGUCGCUGGCGUUCCGCAACACCCAGCACAUCGAGCAGCUGGGCGUGACGGCGUGCGUGCUGCAGUACCCCAGCGGCGACUGGGUGGUGGGGCUGGCGCUCACCAAGAUCGUCGUGGGCUUCCUGCUGCCGCUUCUGGUCAUCGUCCCCUGCUACGUGGGCAUAGGCCGGCACCUGCUGGCCGUACCCGGCGGUAACAGCAACGGGUCGGCGACGGGGACAGGCUCGGCCACGGGCGGAUCACGCAGCGGCGGCGGCCCGGAGAAGGGCUCGGGGUCCUCGGGGGGGUCGGGGGGCAACAACGUGGACCACGUGCUGAAGAUGGUGGUGGCGGUGGUGCUGGCCUUCUUCCUGUGCUGGUUCCCCUUCCACACGGUCACGCUGCUGGACGUGCUGCACCACCUGGGGGCGCUGCGGGGCUGCUGGGUGCUGCGCGCCGUCGAGACCCUCUUGCCCUUCACCAGCUGCCUGGGCUUCUCCAACUGCGCCGUCAACCCCUUCCUCUACUGCUUCGUCGGCCACCACUUCCGCCAGCAGCUGAGCGGGCGCUGGAGGGGGAGCUGGGGCAGCCGGGGACGAGAUGGAUCGCAGAGCAAGAGGGGCUCGUUCAGCACCCGCCUCAGCUCGCUGUCGCGCAAACUCAGCGACCUGAAGGACCUGGGGCCCCCCGAGGCUGUCAUCGUGUAG